GGGCGGAUUUGAUCCUCGUACUCCAGUUCGCUCUUGGAUUAACGCCUUACCGCCUGGUUUGGAUCUUAAGGUUGAUGCAGUCUCAACAGACCCAACACACGUCGCACAAAAGGCUACAAUUAAAAAAGAGGCAAGUAUCAAACCAAAAUUUACUUUUUUCUAAUAACUAAACAAUUUUUUUUUUAGAUCUCGCUCAUUUUUUUUUUCAAGAAAGACCGACCACGUACUUUUAGACAAUAAUUCACUCAUUCGUUGAAUUAGUGUCUGAAGGAGUCCAUUUAGUUGUUUGCUAUAUCAUCUUUAUUGAAUUUUAUUUAAAAAAAAUUUCAGGUUACGAAGAAAGGAAGAAGCCUAAACAGGGCACUUCGGCAAACAAACACCGACCAUUUGGAUGAACUUAUCAGCUGGGCCAGGUGGCUAGAUUCAAAAGUUGAUGUUGCGCAUCCUACGAAAGAAAUGGCGAAGAAAACAUGUAAGCUGUUUUCUCCAAACGCUCGGGGUGAAAUUCCUGGCGCUUUUCGCCCGCCAAAGCAGCCGCUAUGCCCUCCAGGUAUUAAGCUAAGGGGAGGAGGUGAAGACAUUUUCCUCGCUCAGGACCAAGUGAAAGUUGACGAGAAACAUUUCGCGGUUGGUGCAACUUGUAAAAUGUACAAGGGCUCUUUGGUUUCCUUCGGGAAAUACAAUGACAUUCCGAUUGCUCUUAAAGAGUCAGCUGUCGCGGUCACGAGAGGUACCAAACGUUCUAUACAAAAGGAAGUAGAACUCUUUAAACAGCUUGAUCACCAAAAUGUCGUAAAAUUCUAUGGCAUAGAGAAAUCCAGGUACAUGCUUGCAUAUGAAUUGAUGGAAAAGAGGGUAACCAUCGAUGGAGAAGUGAUACCUGUAUAUGACGUAAGGAUGUUGUUCGAUGAGAUGGAGGACAACAUUACUUGGAAGAUCCGUCUCCAUAUUGCCCAUAGCGGAGCUAAAGGAUUAUCAUACUUACAUUCAAAAAAUAUCAUCCACAGGGAUGUAAAAGCAGCCAACUUCUUCAUCUCUGGGGGACCAGAUAACUCGGAAUGGAUUAUAAAGAUCGGCGAUUUUGGGGAAGCAGUGUAUCAACACAAGCAAACAACAUUAACGAUGACCUCGUCGCAGCCCUCCCAAGGGAGAAACGUGAAAAAAGAGAACAUCCGCCGAUUAGUCGGCACUGUUCCAUACAUCGCGCCGGAAAUAGCAAGACCUGGUGCAAAGCACACCCAGGCAUCCGAUGUGUAUAGUUUCUCGCUAUUCCUUUACGAACUGGCUCAUCCAUCGAAACCUCAUCCGUGGCAAGGGUUAUGCGAUAUUCCUGAACUAAUUGUCUCAUCCGCCGAAAAGGGAUUACGUUCAUCGUUAUCAGAACUAAAAAUUGACGGUGGACCGUUAGAUCCCUUUCUGAACGUAAUCACUCAGUGUUGGAAAGGAAAUGCUUCAGACAGACCGAGCAUGGAAGAUGUAUCAGCAUCACUUAACGAGAUUAAAGAUGCAUACGGUAAUGACGUGGAAGACCAGUCAUCGCUUUCCACUUCUCUCGAUCAAGGUGAUAUUGAAAUGGAAGGCGCAAACAUUAUUUCCAUUCAACCGUUAUCGUGCCACCAAACUAAAGUACUAGAGGAAGCUAGUGAAGUGCUAGCUCAAGGUUUCGCUGCUGGUGGUGGGGCACUAGACAGAGAAUUCGUGCAAGAUUUGGAAGGAAACGCCGGUGCCUUAGACGGUACAAAUGCGUGUUCCUUCCUGACAAUGAAAAUCAUAGACACGCUUUUUAAUUUCGAUUUUAGUGCAUUCGGUAGUGAAACAUCGCAAAUUAGGCACGCUGUUGAGAGCAUCAUAACGACCUUUCCUGCUGAAAUAAACAGGUUGCGGGACAUAAGAGAUCAUUUCUCUGUGGACGAAGCAUGUGAAAUUCUUCAGGCAAAUCAUCUUCUUUUGCGUGAGUACGAAUUCAAAGAAUCGCUCUCCACCUCACUUAUAGCCCAAUCUGUUGCAGGGGAGGAGGAAGUAAGGAACUGCCUUCGAAAUAUGGCACAGAAGUCGUCAAGAACGUUUGCUGUAUACACUUGUCCUCCAAUUAUAUUUACAAUUGUUCAUACUGCAGGUGGGGACGAGUGCAAUCAUUUUUUAGUAAUAGACACCCACAAAAUUUCAAGUGAGGUUGGCGGAAAUGGUAACGGAGUGAUAACUUCUGCGGACUACCGUGGGGAACAGCUGUCGAACGUAACUACAGAGCUGGCAAAGUGGAUUCGAAAAAGAAUAGAGUCGUCUGUGAGGCUUCCUGCUCCGCAAUCACUACUUGUGGUUGACUUAAAAAGCGAAACCAUCGAAAUAAGUGAUGACAAUGAAGUCUUAUUGUCGGCUAUUGAAGAUUUCGAGAAUUCGCAGGAAACGGAGGAAACGAAUGCGAUUGACGAAAGCCAUAUUCAAUCCCAAAGAAAGGAAAACUACAAAAGUCCAGCAAGCGUUCUUCAACCAAGUGAAACCGAAGUCAUUUUGUGGAAAGGUUAUCUCACCAAAUUCGGAUUGACAUCUUUCCGUGAUUUCCAAAUUGCAGCCAUUAAUGCAGUGGAGAAAAAAAAUGACGUGGUGGUCAUUCAGCGGACUGGAAGUGGAAAGAGCCUUGUGUAUCAGAUCCCUGCUUUGUUCUCUACAUUCAAGUUCACUAUCGUAAUUUCUCCUACAAUCUCAUUAAUAUUGAAUCAAGUAAAUCAAUUAAAGGAAAAGGGUAUAAACGCAAUUCCCUUUGGUAAUCCUUUGGGAAGGAGAAGGCUAAUUACAUUGCAUUGCUAGAUGAAAAAGAGAAGGAAAAACCAUCGCUUGUUUACAUGACACCAGAGUGCUUUUCCAAACACAUGCACUUUUUUGCGCAACACAGAGAUGAGAUAAAAAUGGUAGUACUGGACGAGGC